GCGCAUCUCUCUUUCAGGUGCAUUUGCGUGUCAACCACCAACGAUCCUACAGCUCCCACCACCUAUUCCAUCCUCCCCCAUCUCCGUCUACUGCGGCAGAUACCCUCCACGCUCAAUAUCCAACUUUCUUGCACCGAUUCCCGUCAUACACCUCCUGCAAUGUCUGCCGUCGUAGAGUUCGAGAAGGAGUCGCCUUUGGGCUUCCUGUACAAUAACCCAAUCUCAGUGGGCCUUGCAGAUUCAUAUGUUUCAUUUUCGGAACGGAGGGCAGCUCUGGGACUGUCGAACCCAGGAACGGUUGAGAACAUUGCACGAGAGGUCCAGCGCGAUGUCUUCCUGAACAACUACACCUUCUCCGGUCUAAGGGCCGAUCUUACCAAAGCUUUCAGCAUCGCACCUUUAUUCCAGGUCUCUCAUGCGUUCGCUAUGGGGUCUCAAGGGCUUCCUCCUUAUACCUUUGCAGCUCUCUUUGGUACCAACAAGGUUCGUAGCACGCUCCAGGACGGUUUCUUUGAAUCAAGUCCACAUGGACUACAAAAACUAAACAAAUAUCUAGAUCUUCAUGCAAGGAAAUGUGGACAAUGAAGGACAACUUUCAACUAGAUUUAACUACCGCUGGACACCGUCAUUUGUGACGAAGACUAACAUUCAGAUUGCUCCUGGCAAUCAAGCAAUGGCACAGUUUGACAACGAGUACACCGGAGCCGACUUCACUGCAUCCUUGAAAUCACUCAACCCAUCGAUCAUUGAUGGCGGUCUUACUGGUAUCUUCAUUGGAAGCUACCUGCAGUCUGUUACACCCAGCCUUGCUCUUGGUUUGGAGGCAAUCUGGCAACGCGCAGCUCUGAACCAAGGUCCCGAGACAGCCUUGUCAUACUGUGCUAGAUACAAGGGAAGCGACUGGAUUGCGAGUGCUCAGCUUGCUGCAGGAGGCGCAAUUAGCACAUCGUACUGGAGAAAGUUGACGGACAAGGUGGAGGCUGGAGUUGAUCUUAACCUCCAAUUUGCUGGAUUAUCAGGAGCUGGAAUGAUGGGUGGACCUGCACGCAAUGAGGGCAUCACUACUGUUGGUGCCAAGUAUGACUUCCGAAUGUCUACUUUCAGAGCCCAGGUAGACUCCACUGGAAAGUUGAGCUGCUUAUUGGAAAAGAGAGUUGCUCCUCCAGUCCAAUUGACCUUUGCAGCCGAAAUGGAUCACUUUAAGCAACAAGCAAAGAUCGGACUCGCUGUUUCAAUCGAAGCUGGCAGUGAAGAGCUCCAAGAACAACAAGAAAUGGCAGGCGGUGCGGCUCCCGCUCAAAUCCCCUUCUAAUCGACUUGCAACUCGAAAUCCCCACCCCUCCGCUCCUACCUAAUCGAAUAUAAUGCCUCCACCGAAGUGCUUGUAAGUCGGCCACCUUGAAUAUAUCGGAUGUCCCAUCAAAACCCUCUACUUCGAAUACCCUGUCUUACUAUAACCACUCUGGUACAUCAUGUGGUGGUAUUUCCGGUGUUACAUUUGCGAAUUUGGCGACUGUCAUCCCUGGGAAACUCCCCUGCAUGGGUUGGUGACGCCUAAAGAUGUGACGAUCAUAGAUUUUUUCCUUUUGCUGUGUCUUGUUGUCGCGUGCAUCUCUGGGUAGCAAUGUGAGCGUAUUGGCCCAGAGCUUUUUGGGGGUACGUUAUAUGUGUGGAUGGAUGAAAUACUGUAUUAUAGUGGUGGCUUUUGUGCGGGACAGGUUUGGGCAUGCUGCUAGAUACCUGUGUACAAAAUGAAAAAAGGAUAUGGUCUCAGC